UUACUUAAACUUCCGGCGAAUCUUUGAUUAUUUUGUUUUGUUUUUUUUACACAAAUUAGUAUAUCAGACAUUGUAUAUUUACAGAUUUUGCGUUAAAGAAAUAAUCAUGGACUUCAUACCUUUUAACCAAAAUACGAACCUAAAGCAAAGUGAUGGGUCUGGUAGGAAAAAUUCGCCAAAUCAGAAUAUGAAAGCCCAGUCUUUCGGAGGGUCAGCAAACAAAAUGCCGUCGUUUGGUAGCCCUGCACUUCCAUUUGGCAGCCCGGCUAUGAAUAACUCAGGAAACGCAUAUAACAGAACACCUAGUCCAAGGCAUCAGUCACCUUAUUCACCGAGAGGGUAUAAUAAUGGACAUAGUGGACGUGGCUAUAAUCAUCAGGGUUAUAACAGUAGAAAUUCAGGACAUUUUCAACAUAAUUCAAUGAGUCCAAGACAUCAGUUUAGUCCCAGUCACGGUCCACCCAUGAAAUACUCCCCAUACAGUCCAGUGGAAUACCAAAGGCAGAUGUCAGAACCUGCCAAUUUCAAGACUCCACAAAGCUUUGGUCGAGGCAAUGGCAGAAAGUCGUUCACAAAAACAUUUGAAAAGACACCAAGAUUUAAUUGUAAUCCCGGCGGAAGUAAUAGUAUUGAGGAUUAUUACAAUUCAAGUAUGGUUGAGGAUCCAUGGCAUAAUCUUAAUCCAGUCUUAGUUCAGACAUAGAACCACAUUGAUCGGACGCAAGGAUUUUUACUGGAAUUUUAACCGAUUGGAUUUUAUAUCAUGGAGACAUCUUUGGGAUGAUAAGAUUUGCUGAAUUGUGGAAAGAAAAAUAUGUGUGUGGUUUUGUGGCUGUUAUAACAGCAUAAUUCAUUAUAUAUGCAGAAAAGAAUGUUACAAACCUUGUAAGGAUCUGAUCUCACUAAAUAGGUUGAUAUGCUGUAAUGCAUGUAUGUAAACUAUAUGUAAUGAAGAGUUAUAAUUUACAGUACCAUACAUGGCAUGAAACUGUUGAAGUGAGUUUAUUAGGAAACUGCAGCAGUAAAAGUAUGUUUCUAAUCUGUAUAUAUUAAAAUAUAAACCGCCAUCUCAUAAAGAAAAUAGAAAAGGCAGCGAUCACUUCAUCAUGAUUAGGGCAGGGACAAAUUGAAACAUUCAUUACAUCUCUCAUAAAUUUGCGUUAUUUUAUAUUUUACAUUUUAUGCUGAUUAAAUUUGAAGUGGAUGAAUUAUUGUAAAUACCUUGAAUUUUAUUACCACUUUGCUUUUAUGUAUGAACAUAUUUAUAUAUAUAUUCAUCUGUAUCACCUUGAGUUCUCCUACUUGCAUUAAUUACAGGAUUCAUUACAAUACAAUGUUAGUUACUAAUUGUUAUCAUCUAUGACAUUUUGGUAAUAAAUAAGCCUUUGUUAUGAUUUAUAAAUAAAAUUUGAAACACCUAGUAAAUCUUCAUACUGCUACCUAAAUUUAACCGUCAAUACAAGAAUUAUAUCAAUUUUGUUUAAAAUUUGGACCCAACGGGCAUUCACUAUAAUUAUUUAUUAGUCUUAUUGAUCAGGGUUUGAUCUUAAGAUUUCUGGAAGGGUGCUGCACCAUGUGUCUUUAGCUCGACUAUUCGAAGAAUAAGGAGAGCUAUACUACAGUCAGUACUCACCCUGGCAUCGGCGUCACACCUUGGUAAAGGUUUUGCGUGCAAGCACACAAAGGUUAAUUUCUCAGCAACUACUUGAUGUAUUGCAUUGAGACUUCAUACAUUAUGGUACUCAACCAUCCAACCUACUUAAUUUACCAAGUUAGAUAGCUCUAGUUUGCAUUUAAUGCAAAUAAUUGCCCUUUAUUAUUCGACUUAGAAAUUCUGGUUAAGGUUUUGCAUGCAAGCACACAUAGGUUAAUAUCUCAGCAACUACGUGAGGUAUUGCAUUGAGACUUUAUACAAUGGUACUCAACCAUCCAACCUACUUAAUAAACCAAGUGAGAUAACUCUUGUUUGCAUUUAAUACAAAUAAUUGCCCUUUAUUAUUCGACUUAGAAAUUCUGGUUAAGAAUUUGCGUGCAAGCACACAUAGGUUACCGGUAAUAUCUCGGCAACUACUUGAUGUAUUGCAUUGAGACUUCAUACAAUGGUACUUAACCAUACAACCUACUUAAUUUACCAAGUUAGAUAGCUCUAGUUUGCAUUUAAUACAAAUAAUUUCCCAUUAUUAUUCGACUUAGAAAGUCUGGUUAAGGUUAAUAUCUCAGCAACUACUUCAAUUGUAUUGCAUUGAGAGUUUAUACAAUGGUACUCAACCGUCCAGUCUACUUAAAUAACCAAGUAAGAUAACUCUAGUUUGCCUUAAUUUCAAAUAAUGGCCCUUUUUAUUUGACAUAGAAAUUCUGGUUAAGGUUUUGCAUGUAACCACUUUCAAGUCAAUACCUCAGUGAAUACAUCAUCUAUUGCAUUGAAACUUUAUACACAGGCUCCCAGCCAUUCAACCUUCUUAAUAAAUUAAAUUAGAUAACUCUAUCUUGCAUAUAAUAUAAAUUUUGCCCCUUUAUUAUUCGACUUCGCAAUCAUGGUUAAGGGUUUGCAUGUAAGCACAUGUAAGUCAAUAACUCAGUAUACAACUUGAUGUAUAUUGCAUUGAGACUUAACACAACGAUACCCAACGUUCAAGCAUACCACAUUUUAAGUCAAUAUCUCAGCAAAUACUUUGUGUAUUUCCAACUAUCCAACAGACUGAACUAAUCAAGUAAGAUAACUCUAUUUUGCAUAUAAUGUAAAUUAUGGGUCUUUGUGACUUUCUCACACUGAAAAGCGACAGAAUAGUCGAGCGCGCUGUCGCUGUGACAGCUCUUGUUAAACAUGUACCAUACUUUAUCUUAGAGCAGGUACUGAAAAAUGUCUAGCCUAGGGUUAAAUUAUGAAGCUUAGUACUGAUUUCUUAAGUUUCACAGAUAUUUUGGGAAAAAGACAAAAAAACAUCAUUGAUCGCAUGAUAAUAUAUAUACCGGUACUAGAGUUUGCGAAAUCCGUCUGGCCCUCCAUCCAAGCCUGGUAAAAUUUGAGAAGGAUUCGUAAAAUGUGUGCAAAACUUAAAAUAGACAAAGUACUAAAAUGAUUGGAAAUGUAUUUGUACUUAUAAUCAGUCGCCGGUAUACUAUUAAACAUGACUGUACUGAUUAUUAAACUGAUAGUGAGAAAACUGCUCAACACCCUGCCAAAAGUAUGCAAUACACAUAUUAGGAUUAUAAAUAUACAAUUUUGUUACAGCUUUAUUUUCCAGUCAACUUUACAUGUACACUUCAUGAAAGUACCAUAAGACCAUAAUGGGGCUUGCAACCAUGCAUAUUCAGUGGUCAAAAACUCACCAGGAUUUUGUGAAUACAUCUUAUAAAUUUUGCAAAAACAUAUUUUGCAAUAUGAUGUGUUUUAAAUUGAGGUAAAUUUAUUGAUCAAUUGAUAAAUUUUGAAAUUGGUUUUUGGAGUAAAAUAUUUUUAAUAAUAUUUUUAUCUUACAAUGCUAACUAUUUUAGCGACGCCAUAAUUAUAACUAUAAUAUUAUGAAUUUCAAUAAUUCAAAACAUUUGCAUAAAUCUAUUUUGGGAAAAAUCAUGUUUCAAACGUUAACAUAUACUUCAGUAUGGCAUACUCUUGUGCUCUGGAAAAGAAAGUAAGAUUAAAAAACGAUGGCAAACGAGAAACAAUAGAUUUUCAAGAGUUAUCUUUUACUGCAUUCAUUUUAUCCAAAUGUUUAAUAUAAGAUUUUGUUCUUGAACAUUUACAAAGCAUAG